AUGAAUUUUGAUUAUCCUAAAUCUGAAUUUCAAACUCCUUAAAAGCCAUUUUAUGUGAGAUCAUAACAUAAGCAUAAUUCUAGUCAACCUCUAUUAGGAUAAUACUUUCGAGAUGUAUAAGAUCCAAAAAUCAGUCUCACUAAAGUUGGUUAAGAGUCCUUAAAAAAAUGGGAUUUCUUUUCUGAUCCUUUUAGUCUACCUGAAAAAUAUUUAACUAGUCCAUAAAACAAAAUGAAAACAGAAACAACUGAUCUAGGCUUUGAUAGUCUUGAUUUUAUGUUAGGAAAAUAAACUGAUAGAUAUAGCUCUGCAUCUCUUCAAUUAUUACAUUAAUAAACCUAAUCAGAAAAAAUUAUUGGUAAAAAAGUCCAGUUUUCUGAAUUAGUUUAAGUGAAAAAUGAUGAUGGAAGUGAAUCUGAAGAACCUAUGUCAAAAUUAUCUAGAUAAAAGGCAAGAAAAAGUAAGUUCUCUAAAAAGAAUUAGAGAUCAAUUAUGCAAGAUUGA